AUGAAAGAUGUUAGCUAAAAUUUCAUUGAAGAGCUUUUGGCUGACAAUGAGAAUCUUCGAACGAGCCUUGAAAAUCAAAUUAUUUUUAUUUUUAAGCUAGGAAAGUAAUUUGGCUGAAAAUCCUUCGGAGAGCUUUGAGAUGUUAAAAAUAACGAAUAUUUAGCUGUGAAAGCUGAAAAUUAGCUCAAAUAUCAUCCAUAAUCUCGAAAGCCUUUCAAUUCAUAAAUUUUAGCUCCAAAACCUGUAGAAUUACCAAUUUCUCACCUCCCUAACCUCAAAAAAUCCUUGUUUUCAUUAGAAUCCAUAAAAAUUAUCGAUUUUUUUGAAUUUCGAAACGUGACCUUUUCGUUAUUUUUUUCUGAAUAGAAAAACGUGGAAAAUUCAAAUUUCUUCAUUUCUGAGCUUGAAAAUUUUAGCAGUUAGUUGGUUUUUGAAAAAAUGAAUGGAAAAAGUAGGUUUAUUGCUGAAAAUAUGGAUAGAAUCAGGGAUUUUCGGCAAAUUUUGCAGAAAAUUCAUGGAUUUUCAAGUUUCCCUGUUAAAAUUGAAAGGGUUUUCGCGCCAGAAGUUUAAUAAAUGUUGAUGCAUCUCUCCAUACUUUUACCCUUGUCCCUUUCCUAUUUUUCCAUUUUCCAGAAUGUUCGAAUCCGCCCAACAACAAGUCGACGCAGCUCUCCAACAAUCUGCGAGCAAUUUUGGAAUUGCAAAAUACCGGCGGUCUCUCAUAUUGUCGAAACCGCAAACUCCGAAGCUCACGAUGAUUAUUGGUUGAUUUUUGGGAAGACAUUAGAAUAUUCCGCUGCCGGAAGAUCACAUCAGCUUGUUGAGAGAAUAACAUGA